AUGAAUUCUGGUGAAAAUUCGUCUUUUCUACAAAAAAAUUUAGAGAAAGAUACAAAUUUUCACAUUAAUGAAUCAGAAAAUAUUAGAAAUAAUAAGAUAAAUAUAAAUUGUACGAAUAAUAUAAGGAGAGAGAAUAAUGUAGAUGAAGAAAAUGUAGCAAUCACUUGGUGUAACAUUGACAUCAAUGAUAAUCGUUCUGAUAAUAAUUUUAAGAUUUUAGAAAAUGAUAAAUCAUUAGAAAACUUGCACAAUAGUGAUAUAGAAAAUACUAAUUUUAUAAAUAAUAAAUUUGAUAAUAGUAAACAAAAUUUACAUGAAAAUAUAAAACAUUGCAAAAAUGAAACAUAUAAUAUACGAGAAAAAAAUGAAAAUGCAGAAAAUAUAUCAAAUAUAGAAAACAAAUGUACAUUUGAAAUGGAAGAAUAUAUAUUUAAUAAAAGUGUGGAGGGAAAUAAGCUCAAAGAAAAUAACGAUCAAAUAUGUGAAAAUAGCAAAAAAUAUGAAGAAGUAAAAAAUACCCAUAAAACAAGCGAAGAAAAAGAAAACACAAAUUUAGAAAUUAAAAGAAAAAACGAACAUUGUUUUAGUAAAGAAAUAAAAGCAUUGGACCCUCCUAAAAACGUUUACGAAUAUAAUCACAAUGUUAUAUAUCACGAACUAUAUAUUGAAUUAUUAGAAGUAAACAAAAAUUUGCAAAAUGAAAUAAAAAAUUUAAAAAAAAUAAUAGAAAUACAAAAAGAAUUAAUAAAGAGCAAAGAAGAUGAUAUAGUUGAAAAUAAUAAUAUGAUUGAAAAAAGGAAAAUGAGUAGUAAAAGUUUUGUUAAUAAUAAUUAUUUUUUAAAUUUUUUUAAUAAAAAAAACAAAACUAGCAAAAAAAAAGACGAUGAACAAGGAAAACCUGAUAAUGAAAUUUUUGAAAAAAAUGAAGGAAUAGCUGAAUCGAGCUAUAAUUAUAAUCAGCGAAGAAAAGGAAGUAUGACAAGAUUUCAGAAUAUGCCUUUUUCAUUUUUUAGUGAUAAAAGCAAUAAACAGAAAAAACAAAAAAGUGCCGAAGCAAUAGGCACAAUUAAUUUAUCAAUACAAGGAAAAGACAACGAAAAACAAAAAAAAAAAAAAAGUAUAGGAACUUCGAAAUGGACAAAACAAUUCGAUUAUAAAUGGAUUAAAUCUAUUAAUAAUUCUAACAGUUUCCAAGAAUGUGAGUGUAUUUAUAAUGAUGAUAUGAAGAAAUUUGGUGAAAUAGAUAAUGAUGGAAACAGUGAUCUAAAUAAAAAUAAUAAAUAUAUGAAAUUAUCUUUACGUGAAAAUGAAUAUGUUGAAUUUUAUGAUAAUGAAGAAAAUUGUAUUUAUGAUAAUUUACAGGAUUCAAAUAACAAUAAUAAAAUAAAUAAUAAAAAAAGUUAUACAUUUUUUAAAGAUAAACAAAAUUCAAAAGAAACCGAAAAAUACACAGAUUGUGAUUAUAAAGACAUAAAUACAAUUAAAGAAAUAACACUUAUAAAAUAUUGGUAUAAUAAAAUUAUACCUUUAAUAAAUGAUGAAAAAAAAAAAUAUACAUUAAUUGAGCUGAUAAUGAUGAAUUAUAUGCCUCAAGUUAUAAAAGAAUAUUUUUGGAAAGAAAAUAUAAAUAACAAAUUAAAUAUAACAGAUUAUUUUGUUAAAGUAUUAAUUAAAAAUGCAAACUUUAUACAAAUAUAUAUAUAUAUAAAUAAUAAGCAAUAUUAUAAUAAUUUUUCUCGUUAUUUUAAAAAUUUAAUAAAUAUGGAAAAAAGUAGCAUAAACAUUGUAUCCUCAUUUCCAAGUGGAAAUUGUUUUGUGGAUGAAAAUGAAUUAAUAAAUACAGUAAAAGAAAGUGAACUUUUUAAAAAAAUGAUAAUGGCAGGAAUAUUUAUAGAAGAUGAUAAAGAUGGUAGUAUUGAUGCAAACGAGAAUGGUAAAAUAGAAUGUUCUGACAAAGGUAUAGAAAUGAAUAAUGAAUUAAAUAGUACCUCAAAUUUUAAUAAGGAUGAAAAAUGUGAUAAGGAAAAUAAUAAAAAAGAAAAAGUUGAAAUGAAAAAUUUCGAACAUUUAGAUAUAGAUAUACUUCAACGUUAUUCAAUCCACAAAUUUUUUUAUCAAAUAUUAAUCGAUUUAGAUAGAACAUUGUAUAUAAUAAAAAAAAACCAAGAAUAUUAUAAUCGGAAUAAUAUAGAUAAAGACAAUUUUUUGUUUGAUUUAAAUAUCCAUGAUAUCAAAAAAAACUUAAACAAACUUUUACAAAUGUAUGUUAUAUUCAAGCCUGAAUUGGGGUACAUCCAAGGAAUGUCAUAUAUUGCCUUAGUAUUUGUGUUACACUGCAAACUGGAAAAAGCUUUUAUCCAUUUUGCAAAUUUUAUGGAAUAUAAGAAUAUGCGCAACUUGUACAGCUUUAACAAACAGGAAAUAAAAAUAUUUUUAUUUACGAUUAAAGAAAUUUUGACAAAAAAAAAUAUUGAAGUUUAUAAAGAAAUCGUCAAGCAUUAUAAUAUAGACAAUAUAUUUAUUCAAUGGGCUUACACAAUGUUUUUAACGUGUUUACCUUUCCGUAUUUUUAUUCGCAUAUUUGAUAUCUAUACAUUUAAUGAAAAAAUCAUAUUCGAGACAAUUAUAUGCAUAUUUACAUAUUUUAACAAAUUCCAUUCCAUGGAAAAUGUUGACACAAUGAUAAAAAAUCUGUCUUCCUUUUCGUUUAAUAUGAACAUACAGGAGGAUAAAUUUUUUUCAAUGUUAAAAAAAUCAAGAAUAAAAAAACGGAAAAUUACAUAUUAUAGGGGAAAAUAUCUUUCCACCAUUAGUAAAAAUGAAGAAAUCCACGAAAAUUAA